AUGGCCCCCGUUUCUCCAAAGACGGGGUUUUUUGCUGCCCCCUAUAGUCCCUCGGUUUACUCAGGUUUCGGGGUGUCUCCAAGCUUCCAAGCUCCUCCAAGUCUCCCUGGCUCCAGGAAGCUCCCAUCCCUGCCAAGACCCCCAAGGUCUGCACAUCUCCCAAAGCCCUACAAUGCGCAAAGAAGGCAGCGAAAGCAGCGCACCGUGUACACCCAGUGGCAAAAGGAGCUUCUGGAAGCAGCAUUCGAAGAGAACCAGUACCCGUCCCAUGACGAAUGCGUGACUUUGGCAGAAAAGGUGGACGUGAGCCAGCCCCAGAUCAAGAUCUGGUUCAAGAACCACAGAGCUAAAAUGUCUAAGCUGCAACUACAGCAGCAUUCAGAGGAGCCCCUCUGGGAGAGUCGCCAAGAAGCCUGUGCUGCUGUUGCCAGUGCUGGGCCCUCCUGCCCUGGAAGCAAUGCCCCAGCCUCCGUCCCUGCCAGUGCAGAUGCAGGGUGCCCGGGGCCUUCUGGCGUCAGCUCUGUCCCACAACAGAGCUCCCCGGAUAUCUUCCCAACACCGCCACACAGCUCCAGCAGCGUGGAUCGGGACUUGGAUGGACACAACGUUAGUGACCAGGAUGGCCCAGUCCCACCAGCAACUGCCGCAGGUGCCGUCCCAGCUGCAAGACCCUCUCCUGCAGGAGCAGCUGGAGCCCCAGGCACAAGUCCUUCACCAGCUCCAGAUGCCACCCCGGAUGCAGAUGUUACCCUCUGCACAAGCUCAUCCCCAGCUCCAGAUGCCACUCUGGAGGCAGAUGUUACCUUCUACACAAGCUCAUUCCCAGCUCUAGAUGCCACUCUGGAGGCAGAUGUUACCUUCUACACAAGCUCAUUCCCAGCUCUAGAUGCCACUCUGGAUGCAGAUGAAUUCCUUGAUGCCACCCUGGAUGGAGAUGUUAUGCUCAGCACAAGCUCAUCCCCAGCUCCAGAUGCCACCCCGGGUGCAGAUGUUAUGCUCAGCACAAGCUCAUCCCCAGCUCCAGAUGCCACCCCGGGUGCAGAUGUUAUGCUCAGCACAAGCUCAUCCCCAGCUCCAGAUGCCACCCCGGGUGCAGAUGUUAUGCUCAGCACAAGCUCAUCCCCAGCUCCAGAUGCCACCCCGGAUGCAGAUGUUAUGCUCAGCACAAGCUCAUCCCCAGCUCCAGAUGCCGCCCCGGAUACAGAUGUUAUGCUCAGCACAAGCUCAUCCCCAGCUCCAGAUGCCGCCCCGGAUGCAGAUGUUAUGCUCAGCACAAGCUCAUCCCCAGCUCCAGAUGCCGCCCCGGAUGCAGAUGCUAUGCUCAGCACAAGCUCAUCCCCAGCUCCAGAUGCCACCCCAGAUGCAGAUGCAUCCCUUGAUGCCACCCUGGAUGCAGAUGCAUCCCUUGACACAAGUUCAUUCCUACAUACAGUCCUUGCAAUAUGCCAAGAGGAAGAACCAGACACAGAUGCACAUGCAGCCCUGGCUGCAGAUGACCAAGCAGCCACUGAGCAGCUCUGGGAGGACCUCAUGGAAGUCUUGGACAUGCCCCUGGACACUGACUUCAUAAAGGACUUCUCAUCCCAGGACACCUUCUAG